AUGAAGUGUUACAGAAAACAGCCAGAAGUCAAGGCAAAAAAUAAUGCAUACAUGCAGAAGUAUAGAGCUAAAACUUAUUCUGAACUUGACCUAAGAGAAAGGGGCAAAUUAGAAAUACGUAAAAGAAAUGAAAACCAAAGAAAUGAUUUAGUAAUUAAAUUUACAAUGAAGCGGAAAAGUCAAUAUUAUGCAGAUGAAACAUUAAACGACCUAAACAGGAAAUAAGAAAAAGGUCUUCACAAACAUCUAGUGAAGUGAAGGAAAGAAAAAAGUUGUACAUGCGGGCAUACAGGCUCAAGAAAAAAAAUUCAGAUAGUAGUGUAAUGACUGAAGGAGUAACAAGUCUGAAAAAUGGAGUUUCUAGCCAGGAAAUGUAUUUAUCUGAGUUUAAAAUAAGUAACUGUGAAGAGCUUCACCAACAAGAGUGGGCAAAACUGAACAUGCAAAAGUUUCAUGAUUCGAUGAAGUUAAGAAUUUCUUUAUGUCAAUGCUGUCAUGAAGCAUGGCCACUUCACAUUAAAACAAAAAAGAAAAAGGAACAUAUAUUUGUACCAGGUGCUUAAGAGACAAGAAUGAUACAAAAAAAUUUUCGUUUGAAAACAGCUUUCUACCAUCUGCUGUGCCAGUAGAACUUAAAAAACCGACACAAAUAGAAGAAAUGCUCAUAGCCAGAGUGUUCCCCGUUAUGAGUGUUUAUACUAAGCCAGGAGGGCAGAGAGCAUAUAGAGGCCAUUGCAUCAAUUUUCCCCAAGAAGUUCAACAGCUUUUUUAUACUUUGCCUAGGCAACCAAAAGAAUUACCAGUUAUUAUAGUUACAGUUGAUGGUAAAAAUGAUAUGUCAAAAGAUCUAAUUGUGCGUCGAGAAAAAGUAUCAUAUGCCUUACACUGGCUGGUGAGUCACAAUCCUGUUUACAGAGACGUACAGAUUGAUUAUGAAUGUUUAGCUCAACUUCCCUUAGAAGGCAUUCCAGCCGAUCUCUCAAAAGUAAGGUGCGAAAAAGGAAGCGGAAGCGAAGAAUUAGAUCCAGACAGAGGUCCACUUGAUAUUGAUGACUUGCCAAACAACGAAGACACAGCUGAGUAG